AUGUUGACAGCGGGUUUAAAGAGACAGUCGAUUUUCCGUGGAGGCAGAAGUGCAUUGCACAGGAGAGGGUUGUCAGUGGCUCGUGGAUUUGCGAGUGCAGCCAAGGGUAAAAGUGGUGUAGAGGAGUCUGAUGUGGUGGAAGUCCAGUUACCGGAGUCGUCGUUCGAAGGAUACAUGCUGGAUGUACCAGAUUUGACGUACAAGACAACGAAGGGGACGCUAUUGCAGAUGUACAAGGACAUGAUUAUUGUGAGGAGAAUGGAAAUGGCCUGUGACGCAUUGUACAAGGCCAAGAAGAUCAGAGGGUUCUGCCACUUGUCCGUGGGGCAGGAAGCCAUAGCAGUGGGGAUUGAGAACGCAAUUACGAAGCGCGACUCUGUGAUCACGUCGUAUAGAUGUCAUGGAUUCACGUACAUGAGAGGAGCGUCUGUCCAGAGUGUUCUGGCGGAAUUGAUGGGCAAAAGAUCGGGUGUGUCUUAUGGUAAAGGUGGCUCCAUGCACAUGUAUGCUCCAGGAUUCUACGGUGGUAACGGUAUCGUUGGUGCCCAAGUUCCUCUUGGCACCGGGUUGUCGUUUGCUCACCAAUAUAGAAAUGAGGACGCAUGUUCUUUCACUCUGUAUGGUGACGGUGCUUCGAACCAAGGUCAAGUAUUUGAAUCAUUCAAUAUGGCCAAAUUGUGGAAUUUGCCCACCGUUUUCGCCUGUGAAAACAACAAAUACGGUAUGGGUACCUCGGCAUCAAGAUCUUCGGCAAUGACAGAGUAUUUCAAACGUGGUCAGUACAUACCAGGAUUGAAAGUCAAUGGCAUGGAUAUCCUUGCUGUUUAUCAAGCUUCCAGAUUCGCUAAGGAUUGGUGUGUCUCCGGAAACGGGCCACUGGUCUUGGAAUAUGAAACUUACAGAUAUGGUGGUCACUCGAUGUCUGAUCCAGGUACUACUUACAGAACAAGAGAUGAAAUUCAGCAUAUGAGAUCAAAGAACGAUCCAAUCGCUGGUUUGAAAAUGCAUUUGCUUGAACUUGGUAUUGCUACCGAAGAAGAAGUCAAAGCUUAUGAUAAAGCAGCUAGAAAAUAUGUUGACGAGCAAGUUGAAUUAGCAGAUGCAGCACCACCACCAGAAGCAAAAUUAUCUAUCCUUUUCGAAGAUGUUUAUGUCAAGGGUACUGAGACUCCGACUUUAAGAGGUAGAAUUACAGAUGAUACAUGGGAUUUCGAAAAGCAAGGGUUUGCUAACAGAGGUUAG